AUGGCUUCACUUCACCUCUGUCUUGGCCCAAUUCCCGGACAUCGUCCACCGAAGUUCCGGUCCAAAUUCCGGUCUGCUCGAUGCGCCGGUGACCUUCAGGCGCUAUUUAAUCGCAUUGCUCCGGUCUAUGACAACUUGAAUGACUUGCUGAGCUUGGGUCAGCAUCGAAUAUGGAAAAGAAUGGCCGUAUCUUGGAGUGCACCGAAGGAGGGAGACUCUGUGUUGGAUGUGUGCUGUGGAAGUGGGGAUUUGGCCUUUCUAUUGUCUGAGGGAGUUGGGACAAAUGGAAAGGUUGUUGGUCUUGAUUUCUCAAAAGAGCAAUUAAUGGUUGCUUCAUCUAGGCAGCACUCGCGCUUAAUGUCCUGCUACAAGAAUAUUGAGUGGGUCGAAGGUGCUGCACUUGAUAUAGCAUUUUCUGACUGUUACUUUGAUGCCAUUACCAUUGGCUAUGGGUUACGGAAUGUGGUAGAUAUUCAUAAAGCGAUGGCAGAGAUGAAUCGAGUUCUAAAACCGGCUUCAAAAGCAUCAGUCCUUGACUUUAACAAAAACAUGAAUCCGUUUGGUACUUCAUUUGAGGAAUGGAUGAUUGACAACAUUGUUGUUCCUGUGGCAAGUGGGUGCGGCCUAACAACUGAGUACAAAUAUUUGAAAAGUUCAAUUCAGGAAUUUUUAACAGGAAAGGAGUUAGAGAAGCUAGCUUUGCAGACAGGGUUUUCUACUGCCACACAUUUCGAGAUUGGUGGUGGACUCAUGGGGAACUUGGUGGCCACACGGUAG